AUGGGCUUCUUCGAUGUGCUCAAGAUCGUCUUCCUCCCCGCCGUAAUAGCAGCGUCUAUCUACGGCCUACUCGUCUACGUCAUCCUCCCCGUCUACCGCCAUCAACACGCCCAAUAUUCCCAGUAUCUACCCUUACAUCAGAUCUCCGAACGAACGAGCGGCUUCAGAAGUCGAGUACAGCAUACGUUGACACGGUGGAUCCUGCCGCGGCAUCUCCAGUGGAGAUUCGACACGCAGACGGGGAACUAUGUCGGCUACGAGGGCCGGAGAGGGAGUGCCAGCACUGAAGGCGCGGAUGAAGAGCUUUUCGAGGCAGAGGAGGGGGAGAGAAUGGUGGGCUUCGCGGUCAAUAGAAGUGGUGCAGAGGCGAGGAGUGAGCGGGAGCUGUUGAGUGGUGGUUCGCCUCGGACAGAGCAGGAUUCUUCAAGAGGGCAGGACUCGCGGGGCAGAGGGGUGUCAUGGCGAGACCGGCUGGUUGGGAGAGGAGAGACCGGCGGGUAUGGUGAGCUGGACUCUGAGAGAAGGCUGAGUCGGGAGUUGGAGAGCGGCUUCAGGGACAGCUCGGAGAGUGAAAAUACGGGCGAUGACCGAAGGCAAUGA